AUGCGUUCUGCAGCUUCCCGCCGUGAGGAGAUUCAGAAGAAGAUUGAGUUGCUUCGGCAGGAGCGGGAGAGGGAGCGGCGCGCUUUUGAUGAACUUGCCUCUAGGAAUGCGGAAAUGACUCCCGCAGAGAUAGCUGAUGCUGCACGAAAGAAGGCAAUGGAGGAGGAGCCGACAAGUCUACAAUUGGGCCACAGUACCGUUUCUGUUGGGGAUUAUGUACAAACAAUUGAUGACGUACACACUCUAAUUAUGGCAGAGAGUGGGAUUUUUCUCCCUGAUCCUGUGAAGCAGGUGUAUCUCGGGGAGAGGGGCAAAGUGGUCUGCAUCUUGCCCUCGUUUCAGGGCAAAUCGGCUGUUGAACUUGCUUUUGCCGACGGCGCGACCAAAGUAUUUUUAACUGAAUGUCUCUUGCUGGGGCAAGGCUCAAAACCAAAGAAAACGCUUGCGCCACCGUCGACACACAAAGAGGCCCACCUUGACCCGGAGGACAUUCACGUGACGGAGUUUGUGCCUCCACCGAGGCCUGUGCCUCUUCCACAGCCCUCAUGGAGCACACUUAAUAUGCCCUCCCGCAAGGCCAACCUAAGGCUGAAGCAGUCCGAGCCAACCACGCUGGCCACCUCUUUCCCUGUUGCUGCUCCAACCAACAACAACAACAACAACAACAACCCCCGCUGCUGCCAAUAA